AUGGCAUCCAGAAUGCUCUGGAGAGUGGAAGAGGAGGAUGAGGAGGAUUCGGACCAAGACUUUUCCAACAGGAAGAUUCCAUUCAGCCAAUUUAAGAAGUCAUUCCCCAUUCAUAGGCCAGUGGAUCGGAGGUUCUCUGUCCAGAGGUUUGCUGUCUCCCCCAGAUGCACCAAGCCCACCCUUGUUGAGGAGGGAGACUCAGAAGAGAUUAAGCCUUUCGAGUUUGAAGAGUCUAGUUCCGAAGACACCAGCACCUCCCCCGUUCCCACCAGCAUGCUGAACCCAUUCCAAUUUUCCCUGAGCCAGUCCAGCAGCAAUAUUUUCUCAGAAUUGCUGGAAAGACAGCUGACGAAGCUCAGCUUGGCCUCCUUGACCAAGGGCAAUGAGAUGGGAGACCAGUCCAUCUGUUCCAGCCAUUCCAAGCCCCGGGUGUCGAGCUUUAUCCCCCUGGAUCUAGACAACCCUGAGAUGGAUGCAGACACUACCUCAACUUCCUCAGAGUCUUCUGUGGUUGUGGACGUGCCUGAAGCCCCCUUCAUCUGCGAGCAUACUGUCAGUGACUCCACAGCUGUGAUCUCCUGGAACAGGAGCCAGGGCAAGCAGCGGGUGAGUUUCUACCAGGUUCUCCUGCAGGAGAUGGAGCUAAGGAGAGAGAGAGUGAAGAAUGAGCUGCCCAAGGAAAAACUCCCCCCCUGGAUCUUCAACCAGAUCAUAGGCACGACCGUCAAGCUCAUGGAACUGAAGCCAAACACCAAGUAUUACAUCAGCGUCCGUGCUGCCAACCCAGCAGGCCCAGGGAAAUGGUGCAAGCCCUAUAAAUUUUCCACAGUGGCCGCUGAUGUGAAUGGCUUCCCCGAGGAGAUCCCCAUCAAAAUCACUGUGCUUCGUCGAGAACCUCAGAGGAAAACAGUAUAUGUUGGGAUCAAAGAGUUGAGGAGACUGGAGGACCUGGAGUUCAUUUUUCCUCACUAA